AUGGAACAGGCGCCCUUGGGGCUCAGCGGCACGCCCUCGAGGGCGAGGCGGGAGAGGGAAAGCCGCGUCACGGGAGAGGGACCGGCGCGGCCCCACAGGACCGAGAUGCUGGGGCCAGCAUUGGGGCAGCGCGUGGCGCACGAUGCCGCCGUGGAGCCGCUGCACGAACUGCCGACCGCCAUGGCGACGAUGAUGCUGGCGUUUCAUGCCCAAAACGGCAUGAUGAUCGGUAUCCGGAACCGCCCCCUGACCAGCUCGUUCGCGGCCAUCUUCUUUCAUUUUGCCAAAACGAAUAAGAGCGGUGUAAAUUCGCUUUUGGAGAGAGGGGCAGUGCCUUUCGAGCUUUGGGUCAACAGUGUCGAGCUUGCUAAGUGGCACAAUGCCAAAGGAGACAUCAAGGAGGAGCACGUGCCCAUAACCCUUACAUUCCUGCCCGGGGCCACCAUGGAAGAGCUGUCAGCGCAGUGCGACCCGACUAAGGCCGGCCGCUCGUACUUUUCGGUCCUCCACGGGCACGACGAGUUCGCGGGCGUCGCCGACGAGCUCGGCAUUUUCGGCAGCAAUCCUCGCAGCAAAGCCCGCCAAUCAGAUUUCAAUUACCUGAUCGACAAGGGGACCCCGAGCAAAGUCCUGCGGGACGAUUCGAAGAAUUACGGGAAGAACCUGUUCGAGGCAUACAAGCAGCAAGUGGCAGGCGGGGAUCAGGUCACCCGGCGGGUCGCGUACCACUGCUUGUCCGGCAUGAGCGCGAAACACGUCCAACAAAUUUUGGGGACGGACGGGAUGACGAACGCCCAGGCUACCCGCGAGCGUUGCGUCUUCUUUACCGCGCCGGUCGUCAAUCCGUACGAUAAUCCCCCGGCGGACGUGAUUACGGUCGAGACGGCGCCCCUCGCGUUCGACCUAAACACCCGGGAGCUGAAGAGAGACGCCGCUGGGUUCAUCCGCGACAACUUGGAGCCGAAGACGGACCUGCUGGAGAACAUGAAGAGGUGCUACAACUACGUGAAUGGGUUGCCGAACCAGACGCAAAAGUUCCACAUCGAGGCGCUCGCCUUCUUCCGCCGCGUGGAUUCCACGAAUUGGAAAUUGGCAGGCUUGGUGCAAUACAUAUGCGACCAAACCGCCGCCGAACUUCGGCAAUGCCAGCGGAUGUUGGCCAUCUUCUCGACGGGCGUCUGCAGUCUCCACAUUUUCUACGGCAUCGGCGAGGGGGCCGCUGACGUGAAGAUCGGUGACAUGGAGGUGACCCUGGCCCACGUCAAGAGUGGGCGUCUGCUCCUCGGACUGAUCAUGGCCGAGAACAGCGUCGGCUUCGGCGCGCAGGUGCCGGCGGACAUCCCCGCCCUCAAGAAGGG